UCCAUUUUAGAGGAGUACAACAUUAACUGGACUCAGAAGCUGGGAGCUGGGAUCAGUGGUCCUGUUAGAGUCUGCGUGAAAAAAUCCUCGCAAGAACGCUUUGCACUGAAAAUUCUUCUCGAUCGUCCAAAAGCUAGAAAUGAGGUACGUCUGCACAUGAUGUGUGCAACACAUCCAAAUAUUGUUCAGAUUAUUGAAGUUUAUGCUAACAGCGUGCAGUUCCCACACGAAUCCAGCCCAAGGGCUCGGCUCCUAAUUGUAAUGGAGAUGAUGGAAGGGGGAGAGCUCUUUCACAGAAUCAGCCAGCACCGGCACUUUACUGAGAAGCAAGCAAGCCAAGUAACAAAGCAGAUAGCUUUGGCUUUGCAGCAUUGCCACUCGUUAAACAUUGCACAUAGAGACCUCAAGCCCGAGAAUCUCCUCUUCAAGGAUAACUCUCUGGAUGCGCCUGUUAAAUUGUGUGACUUUGGAUUUGCCAAAGUAGACCAAGGUGACUUGAUGACACCCCAGUUCACUCCGUAUUACGUAGCACCUCAGGUAUUGGAGGCACAAAGACGGCAUCAGAAGGAAAAAUCUGGCAUUAUCCCCACCUCUCCAACACCUUACACUUACAACAAGAGCUGUGACUUGUGGUCCCUGGGUGUCAUUAUUUACGUGAUGCUGUGUGGAUACCCUCCGUUUUACUCCAAACACCAUAGUCGGACAAUUCCAAAGGACAUGCGGAAAAAGAUCAUGACAGGAAGUUUUGAAUUUCCAGAGGAAGAGUGGAGCCAGAUCUCAGAAAUGGCGAAAGACAUUGUGCGAAAGCUGCUGAAGGUCAAACCCGAGGAGCGGCUGACCAUCGAAGGUGUGCUGGACCAUCCCUGGCUCAACUCCACCGAGGCGCUUGAUAACAUCCUCCCCUCUGCCCAGCUGAUGAUGGACAAGGCAAUGGUUGCAGGGAUCCAGCAGGCUCACGCAGAACAGCUUGCGAACAUGAGAAUCCAGGACCUCAAAGUCAGCCUCAAACCCCUUCACUCCGUCAACAACCCAAUCCUGCGCAAAAGGAAAUUACUGGGCACGAAGCCAAAGGAUGGUGUUUAUAUCCAUGACCCUGAGAAUGGAAGCAACGAUUCCAACGUGGCUCUGGAAAAGCUCCGAGACGUGAUAGCUCAGUGCAUUCUACCGCAGGCUGGUAAAGGAGAGAAUGAAGAUGAGAAGCUGAAUGAAGUGAUGCAGGAGGCGUGGAAGUAUAACCGAGAGUGUAAGUUGCUGCGAGACACUCUCCAGAGCUUCAGCUGGAACGGCAGAGGAUUCACGGAUAAAGUGGAUCGACUAAAACUGGCAGAAAUAGUAAAACAAGUUAUCGAAGAGCAGACAAACUCCCAUGACUCUCAGUAGCUGGAGCUUCUUAAUCUUAUUUUUUUUACCAUUUAAGAUUUAUUCUUUAACUGUAAAAAGUAUUUUUAUGUAAAUUAAUAAACCAUAAUUAUUUC